UAACAUCUUCGUUGCCCCUCGGUCAAUUAACCUCUCGUGUUGGUCACAGUGGUAUCUUUCAUAACGAUAAAGUUUAUCUUUUCGGAGGCUUUGUCAAUUCCGAACUACUUGUAAACGAUCUCAUUCAAGUGGAUGUUUCCUCACAAAAGUGGGAAAACAAGACAAUACAUAAUAGGGGACCAAGUGCUCGUAACUUCCACUCCUCGUGUCUAGUGAAAAGAAAAUCGAAUGAUUGUAGUGAUGAGAUGGUAAUUUUUGGCGGGAAAUCAAAUGGUUUUCAUAAUGAUGUUUGGUCGUAUCGAUUUGAUACUUUUGAGUGGGGAUUACUGGAGCCUAGUGGUGAUGAGAUUAUCACUCCACGUUAUGGUCAAUCAGCAACUAUUUAUGGUGAUUAUUUGGUUGUGUUUGGUGGGUAUGAUGAUAACAACAGUUUCCCAUCGAAUGAAUUGUUUAUUUUCAAUUUGAAGAGUAGAGAAUGGAAAUUGAUGGAAUUGAGCGUUGAACUUAAGGGAAGAUAUUAUCAUGCUAGUGUUUUGGAUGAGGAAACUGGCGAUUGGUAUAUUUUGGGUGGUAAAUCGGCUACUGGUCUUGUUAAAGAUUUUGUAAAGAUUAAAUUGUCUACUCUGGAUGUGAAAGAGGGUACUUGUCAAUCGGAGGUAUUAAUUUCUGAACUUGAUGGCUUUGCUCCAAGAUUUGGUCAUUCAUUGGUGUUGGAAAAAUCAGAAAAUGGUAAAAGACUUUACUCCAUUGGAGGUUGUAAUGAUAGAAUUGACCGUUUGGAUUGUAUCUAUAUUGAUUUAAUUAAUAUCAAGAAUGGUUGGGAUGUAACCCACACUCACUCACUUUCUCAAACUUUUACAAGCCAAGAUGUUGGACCCGUCUUUCAUACAACUGUUCCAUUCCAAGCGACCAAUGAAGAUGAUAGUAUUGCUAUGAAUUACUUUGUAUUUGGUGGUACCUAUCACAAGAUUGAGGUUGAAAAAAAGAAGCAAGUUAAUGAGCCAACAUUUAAUAUUGAAGUAUUUGAUAAUGUAAUGAAUGAUGACAUUUUCAGAUUGGUUCUCUCAUUCAUGACAAUCACAGAUUUGUGUAAAUUAGAGUUGGUCUCUAAGAAAUUGAGAAUUUGCAAGCUCACCUCAGAAGAUCAAUACUGGAAGGAUUAUUACUAUCAAAGGCUUAAUUUAUAUUUGGAAGAAAGCAAAACUUAUAGCUAUAAUUAUAACAAGACUACAGGAACCUAUGAAACAAAAU